GACCAUCCAUUUCCUAAGACCACGGGGAUCCGGAGGCUAUCCCGAAUGGAUUUCCAGUGGAUGAGUAUUUACAGUCAUUCAUCCAUCCAUCUUACAACCACUUAUCCUGUUACCACAUGGACCAGCUGUACUCCGGCUGUGGGCGCCGGAUCCCCCCUCGACUCGGAGCCGGAAGUUACGCAACUUGGUAACGGUUGCUAACCGCGACCAGCCUGUUAGCUUGUUAGCCAGCCGGAGAGCGUCCCCUGCUAAGCCGAGAUAAGCGGGCGCUCCGCCGCCGCGAAAGGCAUCCUUACUGAGGUGAUGUACAACUCCAAGGAUCUGGAAGGUGAGGUGGACCAUUCCUUUUUCGACAGUGACUCUGAAGUGUGUGCUGGUGCUUACAAAGGCAGCACUCAGGGUGUCCAUCACAGUGGGCCGUCGUGGGGAGGGGAAGAACAGGGCGGAGCCUCUUCUCAGGGGAGUCAGAGCCCCUCUGAGGCAAAUGAGGACCGCCUGCCCCUGAAGGAGCCGAUUCGGUCCUCGUCUCCUCAGCCUGGGAGGUCCCCGUCGGAGGGCAGACGGUCAGAGGACACUCGCAAGAAUGGUACCCGUGUUCCCUCUGACACCGGGUCCUCUGCAGAGGAGCGGGAGGAUGAGGACGAGGGUGAAGAUGGCUAUGAGCUGAGUGAGGAGGAGAGCGACGAAGAGCCUGCUGGGCGUUCACUGGGGGGCCGCUCUGUUCCCAGGAGGCUUAGUAGGAAGUUGAGGGGGUCCCGCUCUUCAUCUGGGUCUGCGAGCUCAUACAGCAGCUCCGGGAGCUGCAGCUCUGAGCCAGAGUCGCCUUUUAGCAGGAAACCCACGUCGGUGCCUAAAUGCCUGGCGCCCCCGUCCCCCCGAUGCCAGUCCAGGCCGGGAGCGUGCACCACAGGGGAGUCCGACGACACGGUGACAGACGUGACCCCAUUGUCCACGCCGGACAUCAGCCCUGUCCAGUCGUUUGACCUGAGCAUCGGCGGGGGCAGGCAAGAGGGGGCGGGUCACCUCGCUUCCCAGCACCUGCGGGUCCCCGAGGGUUCUGACCCAGAAGGUGAGAGGACCUCCAGCCCAGGUGUGGGCGGGGCUCAAGCUUACUCAAGCAGCCCCUGUCUGACACCCUCUGAGUCCGUCAUGUCUGGUGUUGGUGGUAGGAGUGGCCAGAGGGCCAUGGAUGAUGCUGUGGAUCUUAACCACCUACUCAGAGCUUUCUUGAGCCUGGAGCAGCCGGCCGACAGCAGCCCCCACGUGGAAAUGCCCCUGGGUCGGGCCCGGAAGAAUUUCUCCUUCAGCAAUGAGGAGGUGCGGCGCAUCGACCGGGAGAACCAGAGACUGCUCCGCGAGCUGUCCCGCCAGACGCCAAGGCCUAGCUCCAGCGCCGCCGUGUCUGGCCGCGGUGCUGCCUCACGCCUUUCCCACAGCGCCCUCAACAGGCAGCGUGAGCAGCGGAGGAUUGAGAGGGAGAACAUGGCUUUUUUGAAGAGGCUGGAGGCUGUGAAGCCCACUUCAGGCCUGAGGAGAGUCGAGCAGCUAGCUGACUAUCAGCGCCAUGCCGGCUACCUGGGCGACCCGACCCAUAGUGCUGCCCAGAGCAGGCCCCCAUCUAGCCGGAGCUCGGCAGGCUCCAGCUCCAGCAGAGCUUCCCGGUUUGCAAGGACCCGACCGGAGUCCAGCGUGUCCUCCAUCACGCCCAAGGAACCCCGACCGGCCUGGUCCUGAAGGCCGGCUCUGUGCAUGUCUGCCUCUGUGUGUCUCACUGCCUGAACGAGGGGCUGGGUGCUGGUGCCAAAACAGUAUCCUGGAAUGAGAGAGUGCUGAUGGGAAAUGAAGUCUGAGCCCCUGCUGUGGACUCCAUAUCCCAUGAAUGCUUUGUUACAACCCCUUCCCAUUUAUGUACCUAAAGAUGCAGAAGGUCAGCUAUUAUGAACUCUAACCUGCCUUUCUUCAUGUUUACUCUGCUGGUUUGGCUUCUACGAGUGGCAGUGGACACAGAGGAUGCUGGGAACUCGGACUCCAUCCCAGUCCUCCAGGCCUGUGUUGUGGUCGUAUGACGCUUCGGCGAUGUUUAGACAAACAUUCCUUUUUAAAUUCAGCAAUAUGUUGUACUGGUUCCCACCUGUGGAUUAGCUUGCACCUCUUUCCGGUAUCGGUCAGCCCGUGAAAAAUGUCAGAGUUCUGCUUUUGUGCUGAUUAGCAUUGUAAUUUUAAUGCCUGAAAACAGGAGCACGCAGUAUCCGUUAUGAAACUUCCGACUUUAUAUCGUGCCCAAUGUGCUGUCAUGUUUUUUAAUAAAUCACAUAUAUCCACA